UGAUUUUUAGAGCAGAAAAGUUAUUCCAUUGAAUGACAUUAUGCCUUCCAUUCCGCCAGAUGUCCUGAAUCGCUUCCAUAUAUCACUCUCUUCUACCUUUCCUUAACCACCACUCUUCCUUUCUUCCUCUGUUUCUUAUCAGCUUCAGUCGCCUUCACUUAUUUAACAGACCAUCCAAUUAUCAAGAAUUUGAACCACAAUAUGAAGAAGGAAUCAUUGAGCAACAUGGUGAAGCAAAUGGCCUGUGGGUUAAGGGCCAUGGUGAAAAGAAAAGCUCGAGCACUCAAAGCUCGCCUCAUCAUCUACUCAUUGCUAGCUCAAUCCAACUUCCUCGUCUCCUCAAUCCCUUUAUCCACGGUCAUCCAUCAACAAAAUCAGUGCCAAAUUCAAGCCGCCGAGCUCGAAGAAGCUCAAGAACAUCAGGGAGUAGUAGAAGAAGAAACAGGGGCCGAAACAGGGGAAGAAACAGGGGCAGAAACAGGGGCAGAAACAGGGGAAGAAACAGGGGCAAAAACAGGGGAGUGGGCGGAGCUGGAAACAGAGGCGGCUGUCGGAAGAACAAAUGGGUGGUCGGUGAUUGAGAUGGUGAAGAAUUCGAAGGAGGAGGCCGGCGAGGAGUUCAGUUUGGAGAAGGAUAUUGAUGAUGUGGCUGAUUUGUUCAUACGGAACUUCCAUAGCCAGAUGAGGAUGCAGAAGCAGAACUCUCUUAAUAGAUAUCACAAAAUGCUUUCUUCUUAAUAUAUGCAUUUAAUCUGUUUUUAUGAAUCAAAUCUUGUAUUUAGUGAUGAACUCUUUAAUUUAUCUUCUCGAUUCUUUCUCGAGCUUACGCCUA